CCGCGGGCUCGGGCUGCGGCGCUGCCCGGCGGCCGGCAUCUGAGGGGGGUCCCGCGGCUCGGGCCGGGCGCUGCGGGAGCCGGCACGGCGAGGCCCGGGCGGCAGCGGGGCUGGGAGCGGACCAUGCCGGAGGGGGCCGCGCCGCUUCUGCAGUUUGAAAGUACCUCUUCUGCGCCGUGUGCUCGCCUUAAAUGGUUGCCGCUUCGUACCUCCCACGGAGGGAUGAGUUAGACGCGGAGCUGGCGCUAACGAGGUUAUCUAUGUAGAGCACUUGGCGAAACAGGUAGGAUAAUGUUGAGGGCAAACCUUUCCCUGAGCUCUCUGGUUCUUCCUAGUCUACACUUGCCACAGGUAGAGGGGGGAACCUCACGAGUACGUCCCUCCUCUGAUGCUAUCAAUGGUUCAUGUGCCUGAUAGUGGAGCUUCAUGAGGAGUUUGAGAACUGGAAGAACUGCUUCACUGGGCUGUUUCAGCUGUGCUUGGAUCAGAGAGAGCUGGUCCCUGGGCUGCAUCUCUUGGCCUUCCCAAAUGUGACAUAUCACAACCAGCACAGAAAAGGGCCUCCUCUUAUCUUCAAGGCACUUCCUUCUACCUUCCUUUCAUUUGUCCAAAAAAAAAAAAUAAGUGAAACGGAAAAAAACAGAACAUGUAGUUCACAAAGAACUUCUGCUGGUCUAAAGAGGAGCCUGUGGCAUCUCAGCCUCCCUGCCUCCUAAGAUCCUGGCUGUGUGCUGGAUUUCCUAUCCUCGAUUUCAGGAUCAGCGACAGGGAAUCAGGAUCUUGGAUAAUUUCAAUUUUUAUUUUUACUUGAACCCUUUCAACCGAGAAGCUGAAGCUGUCACUGCUAAAACCCUGUUUCUUUUUCCCAAGCAUGUCAGAAAGCUGGCAGCAGCAACAGCAGCAACCACAGCAGCCGCCGCCGCCGCAGCAGCACCACGCUGGGGCAGCCACCCUUCCAGAGCAUUCCAUCCCACCCGGCACUGCUGACAACCCUCUGGGCUGUGCCGUGUACGGCAUCCUGCUCCAGCCGGACCCGAGCCUGCAGCACCACCAGCACGCCCCGAUCCAGGCUGGAGAGCCGUCCCACAAAUGCGGGGUGUGUGGCCAUGACCUCACUCACCUCUCCAACCCCCACGAGCAUCAGUGUUUGCCAGGCCAUGACCGCUCUUUCCAGUGUACCCAGUGUCUGAAGAUCUUCCACCAGGCCACUGACCUGCUCGAACACCAGUGCAUCCAGGUGGAGCAGAAGCCCUUUGUGUGUGGGGUGUGCAAGAUGGGCUUCUCCCUACUCACUUCGCUGGCACAGCACCACAAUGUCCACAAUGGCAAUGCCAUGAAGUGCUCUAUCUGUGAGAAGACCUACAAGCCUCCCGAGGCAGAGCAUUCGCAGCCUCUCGAUCCCUCGGAGAAGCCCUACAGCUGCUCCAUCUGUCAGAAAACCUUCAAGCACCUCUCGGAGCUGUCCCGGCAUGAGCGCAUCCAUACAGGUGAGAAGCCCUACAAGUGCACUCUGUGUGACAAGAGCUUCAGCCAGUCAUCCCACCUGGUGCACCACAAACGGACGCACAGCUCGGAGCGGCCCUACAAGUGCACGGUGUGCGAGAAGACCUUCAAGCACCGCUCCCACUUGGUGCGCCACAUGUACGCGCACUCGGGAGAGCACCUCUUCAAGUGCAACGUCUGCGAACUGCACUUCAAGGAGUCGUCAGAGCUGCUGCAGCACCCCUGCACGCCCAGCGGGGAGCGGCCCUUCCGCUGCGGCGAGUGCCAGAAGGCCUUCAAGCGCCCCUCAGACCUGCGGCAGCACGAGCGCACGCACAGCGAGGAGCGGCCGUUCAAGUGCGACCUCUGCCAGAUGAGCUUCAAGCAGCAGUACGCGCUCAUGCGCCAUCGCCGCACGCACAAGGCGGAGGAGCCCUUCAAGUGCAACCUGUGCGAGAAGGGCUUCGUGCAGCCCUCGCACUUGGUGUACCACCAGCAUGUGCACGGCAUAGAAAACCUCUUCAAGUGCAACGUGUGCCAGAAAGGCUUUAACCAGUCUUCAGAGCUGCUGCGGCACAAGUGUGUGCAGAACGCAGAGCGGCCCUUCAAGUGCGCUGUGUGCAACAAAUCCUACAAGCGGUCCUCAGCUCUGCAGAAGCACCAGCUAGCCCACUGCACGGAGAAGCCGCUCAAGUGCACGCUCUGCGAGAGACGUUUCUUCUCCUCCUCGGAGUUCGUGCAGCACCGCUGCGACCCGGCCCGUGAGAAGCCCCUCAAGUGCCCUGACUGUGAAAAGCGGUUCAAGUAUGCCUCGGACCUGCAGCGCCACCGGCGCGUGCACACGGGUGAGAAGCCCUACAAGUGCCCCUCCUGCGAGAAGGCCUUCAAGCAGCGUGAGCACCUCAACAAGCACCACAGCGUGCACGCCCGGGAGCAGCAGUACAAGUGCAUGUGGUGUGGGGAGCGGUUCCUGGACUUGGGCCUGCUCCAGGAGCACAGUGUCCAGCACACGGCUGAGGGCGCCUACCAGGUGGCUGCCUGCUUGCCGUGAGCCUUCUGCCCUUCGAUGGCUUUCAGCUUGCAUGUGAUGCUCCCGAGCCUUGGCCUCCCCUUCCCUCUCCUCAGUUGUAGGUGGCCUCCAGGGAGCUGUGGGAGAAGGGGGAGGUACAGUGGGCAGUCAGGUAGAUUUUCCUCUGGCCUCUGUGGCUGAUACCCACCUGUAGUGCAGGGGUUGAUGGAUGGUGCGAAAAGCUCAGAGGGUGGAGAGGAAAGGAGGGAGGUGGGGAGAGGAAACAAUGCCUGCAGUUGCCUGGUGUCCCCUGGACUGUAGUUCACGCCGUACCUGGAGUUCCAGUGCUGGGAGCUGGCAGGUCUAAGCUCAACUGCCCCCUGCGGAUAGCAGUCCUUCGCACGUGGCCUCUUUCCCCCGUCCUGCCUGGUCAGGCCAGCGGAGAGGGCUGGGUGACUCCUUCUGGAGAGUGCUUGGGAACAAGGCAGAGCCAGCCCCCCCUUCUCCCUGUGUGCGCUGCUUGCUGAGGAAAUAGCAGGUUUCCACCGCUGGGAUCUCCCAGCUUCAUUACUGCAAACUCAAUUGAGUGACUUGAGAGGACCCUUUCAGAUCAUUGGCAUUUAUUGACUGCCUCGAUCUCCCCUGCUCUCCCUCUUUCUAGACUGUAGGAAGGGAAAAGCCAUGGGGCCACACAGCUCCAAAAUGCACUUUGGCAUUGCUGCUUUUGCAGUCGCUGGCUGGCACACUUGGGAAGUGUUUUGAGCAAGCCUGCCUGCACCCCAUCCCUGCAGCAGCAAGGGGAAGGGUAACAAGUGCCGCGUGCUACUGGGGAGUGUGGCGAGGAGAGUCCCCAUGCUGGUACUCCUGGCCAGGAGCCCGGCAUUGACAUGUUUAUUCGUGAGGGACCUCGCUCUCCUGGGAAGAAGUACCUCCAGCCUCUAGGCCCCUUCCCUCCUUGUACUGCUUGGGCCAUGAGCGUGGCUCCAGGGGGUCAGGCAAAGGGAUGUCCCAGCAACUCGAACACUAAGGGGUGAGGUGAACACUACUAAUAACCUACAUCGUUAGAAAUGGUCUCAGCCAUCCCUGAUGGUAACCCAUGUGGUGCGCUGGGGCACCUGAUUUGCCGGGGGGAGCCAGUUCUGUCCAGAGCAAGUUGGGAGGAUCCUUCCCAGCCUGUCGGGUCAGCUCCGUGGGAAGGGGAAGGCUAGCAGUGGGUAAAGGAGGAGUGUAUUUUUACCCUCUUGCGGAAGUCCUGUUUUACCCCUUUACUCUUUCUUUACCUCUUCUGUAUUUUUCAGAUUUUGCACAGUUCUUGUAAACAUCACUUAAAAAUAAAUUUCCCCUAGCAAGGUUGAUGCAGCCUCAGGUGUUUUCCUCUGCAGGAUUUUGAUGGCUUCUCACGACCAAGAGACCCGUUACAUGCCAAUUAGAUGCCUUCAGGGUUGAGGCAUGCUUAGUAGUUGUUCACCAGCCUUCCCCUCUGCAUCUUUGGAGAUGCUAGAGUAUUAAAACCCUGUAUACUCUAACCCCAACUGGAUGUGGUUCUGGACAGCCUGCUGUAGCUGACACAGCUUGAGCGGGAGGUUGGAGUAGAUGAUCUCCAGAGGUCCCUGCCAGCCACAGCCCUUCCGUGAUCUUGGCUGGCCGUCAUGCGAGGAGGAGCGUUUUGGCUAGCUGUAAUAAGUGAUCGGCAGCCAAUAAAUUGCCCUUGUGCUGUGCAGGUGAUUAGAGUAAGUUUAAAAAAAUAUCCACAGCAGGUCUAAACACGUUAGCCUUGCACAGUUGGGCUGUGCCUGCUUUGCUGAUAGAGGACACUAAUCUGAAAGGUGGAGAAAGGCUUUCUGUUCCAUUUUUAGCACCGAGGAAGAACAGAGCAGGAAUGUGCAUUUCCAUGGGGGCUGGGACAGUUCAGUGGUAGGUCUGACCCUGGGGCUGUCUUCUUCAUGUGCUUUAAGGAGUUUAAAACAAACCUUGCUCUCUGCUGCCCAAGGAAGAGGGACCGAUGUUCAUCUUACUUCAUGCUGCCUCAAAGAUGUAGAACUUCCUACCAAGUUUUCUGUCUGCGUUUUUUUUUGUUUUUCUUUUUGCCUUUUUUUAAAGCAGUUUGUUAAUGUUCAUUAAAGAAAUACCGUAUAGUUUAA